AUGGAGGUACUAGACGUCGGGAAUAAUGAAUACGGAGUAAUCAAGGCCGUUGAAUACGGUGUACGGAGAAUUACUUCGUACGGAAUACAGAAAAAAAAACGUGGCCAUGGCGUGGCGUGGCGUGGCGAGCAUCAAUUCCCUCAUCAGGCAGGUAGCUGCCAAUUCUCUAGCCUAGCUAGGAAAUGCAGUAAGGUAGCGUCAAUAACUGCUCAAAGAAGAAAAAGGCUUGCGCUAAGCGAUGGGAUCGACGUCCUGCCUACCGAGACAGGCAAGGGUGUGGCCAUUGCUCCCAGCCGGACGGAAUUAGGGCUUGACGGACCUGGUCGAUCAGCCAUAGAAUUCCAUUCAGCAGAACAAUCCCUAUUUUUUGGCAGGGAUGACGGUCAUUGCGCGAGGGUUCAGGUUCGAUGGAUCCAAAAGAAUAAAAAUGUCACCCAGAAAAGCCCUGAAUCCGGUAUAAAGAAUGAAAGUAACAAGAGAAGCAGACUAAUAGGUAAACCGGAAGCUGGGAUGAUUAUCACCCAGAUUGUCGACUUCGUCCGGCGGCAAACGAAGCCUGUAAUCCCUCUUGCCCUCAUCACGCAUCUUGUUCUCCCACCACAGCCCCAGCCCCGUCAGCACCAUGACGACGCCCGCCGCGACGAUGAGGGCCAGGCCAACCGAGUACGCCCGCGUGUAGGCCGGGGCCUCGCUGGGGACGAAGGUCAGCGACGGCACGAGGGCGCCGGCAUUGCCCAGGCCGAUCUGGGCGGCGCUCGCCCACGCCCGCUUGUAAUGGCCGGCCAUGUUGUUGCUCAGCCAGGUCCACAGCGUCGGCAGCACCAUGAAGCAGCCGCCGUUGAACAGGAACAGGGCGCCGUACUGCGCGCGGGCAGAGAUGACGUCCUGCUUCAGCAGCAUCGCGUAUCCGCACACGCAGAGCACCUCCGCCAGGAAGCAGAACACGAAGCGGUUGCGCAGGCGAUCCGACAGCACGGCCGCCAGCCAUGCCAGCGCCGCCGCCACGACGUAGAUGGGGAUGGUGUAUGCCUGCGCGGCGGCGUUGGUGUAGCCGAGCCGGGCGAUGAUCGUGGGCACGAAGGCCGUCGCGUUGGACGACGCCGACACGGCAAAGUAGAUGACAAUGGCGCUGUAGAUCUUCCAGUCGGUGAGGAUGCGCCGAAGCGCCUUGCCGUCCAGCCGGUCCAUGCGCGCGCGUCCGCCGUCUUCGACAAUCUGGCGCGCCAGGAGCAGUUUCUUCUCGCGCGAAGAGAGCCAUCGCGCCUGGCUGGGCCAGUCGGUGAUGACGAAGAGCAGGAUGAUCGACAGGCCGAUCGUCACGAUGCCUUCGAUGAUGUAGAUCCACCGCCACGAGUGCAACCCUCCGACGACCUGGAGAUUGCCGAUGCCACGGCGCCUGAGAAUUCACUACACAUACCUGGCACCAAACCCGCCUCGAACAAGCCCAGAAACACGCGCAGCACGAUCAGCCCCGGAUACGUACUGACCAGCCCCUGGCCCAGCGUCAUAAACCCCCAGCAGAGACUCAUCCCGCCGAGCCAGAAGCGCGGCCGCACAUGCUUGAGGACCAGGUUACUCGGGAUCUCGAAGAAGAUGUACGGCGCGAUUCUGGACCAGCAGGGCGACGUUGUAGUCGUUUCCCGCCAUGCCCAGGUCCUUUUCGAGGCCCUGCAACUUGGCAUAGCCGAUGUUAACGCGGUCGAUGAAGGCUCAGAAGAAGAUGACGCCGACGGGAAGGAUGACCGUGCAGCGUCAUCUUCUGCUCCCGUUCCAACGGACACAAACUGUACGAAUACAAUACACCAUCCCCAAGAAUACAUCAUGAUACUGACGGCUACAGACACCUGGAGCGCCGGCAACCACUGGACAACCACCGAGCUGAACACAGGCUUCAUCUGCGCCAGCAUCCCAGUCCUCAAGGCCCCAUUCACGCACAUCCUCCGCCGUCUGGACAUCCGCUCAGGAGAGUCCUAUGGCUAUGGAUACGAAUACGGCCACUCGAAGCGCAAGUCGUACGGCUUCGACAAAUCCACAACGAGCAGACACCGGUUUUCGAUCAGACACCACCACACCGGUACUGCCGCCGGCGGCGGCACUGCCGACAAAACGCAUUCAGGCAGCAGUGAGGAGUACAUCAUCGAUAAGGACAAUGCCAAUGGCAAUGGCUGGCCGUUAGCGGAUGGGGCAUUACGAAGACGACGAGUAUUGGCGUGA